AUGUCCGAGACGCCGGCGCACGGCGCACCCGGCGCGCCGAACGCGGCUGCGAUGCCGCCGGCUGAGCAGAGCAAGCCGCAAGGGCUGCUUGCGUCGAUGGUCGAUGGCAAUCCCUACUUUUCCGCGGGCUUUGGCCUGAUGAUUUUCGGCGGCGCGCUCGCCUACUCAAAGAGUGUCGUGUCGUGGGGCGCGCACGCCGCACAGCGCCGCAUGCUCGUCUCGCUCGAGAUCCCAUCCAAGGACCGCGCACACCCCUGGUUCCUGCACUGGAUGGGCGCGCAGGCCCAGGCACAGGCGCUCCGCCGCAAGGCGCACGAUGGAAAAAUGCCCCGCGAGUCGAUGCUCGAGUUUCUGGGCCUGCGGCGCCCGGCGCAGGCGAGUGGCGAGGUGCUGCCGCACGAUCCUUUGCGUGCCGGCGCAGGCGCCGUGUCGCCGAUCCGCAUCAUCUCGCGCGAGCUUGCGGUCGACACGCACUACGAAGAGCCGACGAUGCACCCCACGCCCGGCACCGGCCAGGAGCGUGGCGUGGCGACUUUUUCGCUGGUGCCGGGCCCUGGAACGCACUGGUUCCGCUACCACGGUGUGUGGAUUCGCCUGCAGCGCGAGCGCAACGGCAAGCUCGUCGACCUCUCGACGGGCGCACCGUGGGAGACGGUGACGCUCACGACGCUCUCCUCCUACUCGCACCUCUUUACGCAGCUCCUUGCCGAGGCGCGGCAGCUUGCGCUCGCAUCGACGCAAGGAAAGACGAUCAUCUUUACCAGCUGGGGUGCCGAGUGGCGGCCGUUUGGGCACCCCCGCCGUGUGCGUGAGCUCGAUAGUGUGGUGCUCGCCUCGGACAAGAAGGACGAGCUGGUGGGCGACGUGAACCGUUUCCUGUCGCGCGGGAGCUGGUACACGAAGCGUGGCAUCCCCUACCGCCGCGGCUACCUGCUGCACGGCGCGCCGGGCUCCGGCAAGACGUCGUUCAUCACUGCGCUGGCGGGCAGCCUCGACUUUAACAUCUGCCUGCUGAACCUCGCCGAGCGCGGCAUGACGGACGACAAGCUGAACCACCUGCUGUCGAACGCGCCCGAGCGCAGCAUUCUUCUGCUCGAAGAUGUGGAUGCGGCGUUUGCAGGGCGUGCGAACCACUCGCCGGAGCGCCACGCCGACGGCUACCAGCCGAGCGUUACGUUCUCGGGCCUGCUCAACGCGCUGGACGGUGUCGCGUCCGGCGAGUCGCGCAUCAUCUUUAUGACGACAAAUCACCUGGAGCGUCUCGACCCCGCGCUUAUCCGCCCGGGGCGUGUCGAUAUGAUCUGCGAGCUGGGCGACGCGGCGCCGCGCCAGGUGCGCGAGCUGCUCGUGCGCUUCUACCAGGCUGAUCUGCUCGAGGCGCGUCUCGAUGCUGCGCGCCGUGCGCGGGGCUACGACCCCGCAGAGUUUGCGCAUGCGCCGCACCAGACCGCGCCGGACGCACAGACCGAGUACUACCGCGAGGCGCUCAAGGCGACGGCCGACGAGCUGAACGGCGCCGCCGACCGGCUCGUGGCCGAGGUCGCGCAUGCCACGCGCCGCCGGCGCGCCGCCCUGCACCUCGACGAGGACGGCCACACGCGCGAGGAGCCGAAAGAGGUGCGGGCGGCGCGCCCGGGCUUCUGGCCGCGCCCUGCGGCGCGCGGCGGCGUGAGCAUGGCCGAGCUGCAAGGCCUCUUUAUCCGCUUCCCCGACGACCCCCAUGCGGCGGUGCGUGCGUUUGCCGAGGAGAACGGCGAUCUAGGCGCUAUGUAG